GUGUCUGUCCCCCUCCACCACGAUCUCCAUCAGCAGAGCCCAAGCGGCGGCUGGAGGGCAUCGAGCACUUCCACUAUGGCUACAGGGUUGAGUUUGUCUGCAGGCCAGGCUAUGUGAGAAACACUCGCGUUUCAAACGUCCUCACCUGCGGAGUGAGCGGGAAGUGGCGUGGAUCCAGUGACAUCUGCAUACCCAGGGCGUGCAGCUACCCCGGGGAGCUGGCCAAUGGCAGACUGGUCGUGCCUGAAGCAUUCACCUUUGGUUCCAAAGUGACCUUCACCUGCAACGCUGGGUACAGACUGAUUGGAGACUCUGAGAUUGAAUGUGUGAUCAGAAAUGAGGCUCUUACCUGGGAUAGAGAUAUUCCCACUUGUCAGGCGAUUCCCUGUGAACCCCCUCCAGAAAUAGAGAAUGGGCAGCACAAUGGGAUGGACAAGGACCAUUUUCAGUAUGGGGACUCUGUCACCUACCAGUGUCACAGGCCCAGGAGGGGAGAGAGACCUUUCUCCUUGGUGGGAGAGGCCUCCAUUUUCUGCACAAGCAAGGACAACCUGAACGGUGUGUGGAGCAGCCCAGCUCCAGAAUGCAAAGUGGUGACCUGCAAGCAGCCAAGAGUGAUGAAUGGGAAGCUGCUGAGUGUGUCCCAGCCUGACUACAGCUUUGGGGACACGGUGGUGUUCGACUGCGACCUGCACUACAGCCUGAGCGGCAGCGAGGCCUCCACCUGCAGGGACAACGGCCUCUGGGAGCCCCCCGUGCCCCUCUGCCAGCGCAGCAGCUGUGAUGACCCCCCAGAUGUGAGGAAUGCUGUGAAAGCCAGGCUGGCUGGCAACCUGUUCCCUGUGGACACCGUGGUCACCUACGAGUGCCAGCAGGGCCACCAGUUCAGUCCAGGGCAAACCACCUGGAACAUCAGCUGCCUGCAGGACUUCGUGUGGAGUGAAGCCCCACCUCCAUGUGAAAGAAUUCCUUGCCCAGAUCCACACAUCCCAAACGGAAGGCCCUUGCACCCAUGGCAAGUGAAAGAGGAUUAUGAGAGUGGGGACAGGCUGGAGGUGGCGUGCAGUGACGGAUUUGCUUUCAAAGGCCGUGGCAGCAGCAUCACCCUCCUCUGUGGCAGCGAUGGUGAAUGGGAUCCAGCAGUGCCAGAGUGCAUUCCAGAACCACAUUGCCCAAAGCCAGACAUCCCUCAUGGAAAGGAGGUUUAUAAAGGCAGAAGUGACUAUUCAGUGGGGACCCAGGUGAGGCUGGCCUGUGAGGAGGGCUUUGUCCUCAGGGGCUCUGAAUCCAUCACCUGUGGGGCUGAUCAGAGCUGGGAGCCCGAGGUGCCCUUCUGUGACAAAGCCUGUGGGCCCCCUCCCCAGAUUGCCUUUGGGCAGCACUCUGGCAGAGGUGGCAGGGAGUUCUCUUAUGGCUCCAAGGUGACCUACAGCUGUGCAGAGGGGCUGUCCCUGGUGGGGGACGAGUCCCUCUACUGCACCUCGGACGAUGGCAAGAGCCUGGCGUGGAGUGGACCUGCCCCGGAGUGCAGGGUGGUUCGGUGCCCCAAGCCCGUGGUGGAGAGGGGAAGGAUGACCCCACAGGUGUUCACCUUUCCCUAUGGGCUGCUCCUGCAUUUCUCCUGUGAGGAAGGCUUCAGGCUGCGUGGUGCUGCCCAGACUCAGUGCCAGGCUGAUGGCACCUGGGACCCGCCCGUGCCCACCUGCCAGCCAGUCCUGUGUCCAGAACCACGAGUGCCCUUUGCAAAGGUGAAAAGCCCUUUGGGUGAGCAAACGUGGUACCAGACCAACGAGACUGUCACCUUGGAGUGCCUUCCUGGCUACCAGUUCCCAGACAAUGGAAUGAUGGAAAAUGCCUGGACAGCCACGUGCUUGCCUGAUGGCAGCUGGACAGCACUGCCCAAGUGUAUGAAAGAAGGUGAUGCUGAUGUGUGUCAAGAGGUUCAUUACAUUAAAUCGACCUUUGAAUGUGGUGUGCCUGUGGAAAAAGUGAAAAGUCUGCUGGAAAUCCAGAAACUGUUCCUGGAGAUUAAAAAAUUACAGAUGGAGCUAGAGAACUGAAAAGAAACUGGGCCCUUGUAAUGCUCACCUUUCCUUUGGUGAACUCACGGUUUGUGCAGUCCCAGCAUCUCUAAAAAGGUUCUGGGUGAUUUUGUGGUUUAUGUUUGCAUGCCUGGAGCCAGAAAAAUAAUCAGCAGUGCACGGGAGGCUGCUUUUGCUGUGCUGGAUGCCAGAGCAGGGAGUGGGUUUUGCUCUAACCUACAAGCUUGAUUUGCUCUUUAACUAAUAAGUUGUUUCAUGUUUCAUAUUAGGAAGAAUUAAAAGAAAUUAAAUUUAGCUUUUUAAAAUCACUGUCUUAACUGUGGUAAGCUGAGGUAAAAGAGAAUGAAAUCCAGAAAA